UGUGUUUACUUUUUAUCCUUGGAUGUGUUGCAGGUCGCCCUGUAUUUGUACGAUGGAUAGUCUUAUGUCUGUGCCUGGUUGUGGUGACAUUGAUUCUGUCUCACCCAUUUCGAGACUGGCUGACUUCAAAGACUGUCAUCCCAAGUUUGUACACCGUGUACAAACAAGAGGGAGCUCUAAAUCACAGUCCCCACAACACAAAUGUCAACGUAAGAAAAUUUCUAGACCCGAACAAAACAGUUCCUACCAAACCACGACCAUCUACCUGUGUGUUUCCACAGAUGAUACAUGGCCCUAGUGCUUUGAACGUACCAGGAAUGAAAAAAAAGGCAAUCAACUGCAAGGAAACAGAUCUGCUCGACAUUAUGUACAUCACAUCAGACAAGACACUCAAAUUAAACACAAGUAAGCUUGAGGAAAUUUUGCAGAUUCGCGAUCUUCACAACUGCACUUACAGACAAAUCUUCCGUAAUGGGACAGAUAGCAUUAGCUUCAUAAAUAGUCAAUGGUCGAAACUUCUUAUAGACUUUCCAGACCUGGCUGAAAAUGCUGAAUUUCUACAAGUAGAGUGUACCAACAUAUUUUCUGGAGCUCUAUCGAAGACUUUUCACAGGAAAAUUCUCGAAAAAGAGGAAUUUCAAAAGCCAGGUUCCUUGAAUUUUAAAAAGCGUCAAAUUAAUUCAAAUAUAAAUGAAACAUUAAGCGUAAUUAUGAUCGGAAUGGACUCACUGUCUAGAGCUCACCUUUUCACAGCCUAUAACAAAGCAUAUUCGUAUUUGAUAAACUCACUGAAAUCAUUUGAUCUAACCAUGCAUUCACAAGUAGGGGGCGAUAAAACAUCCAAUUUCUGGCCAUUAUUUAGUGGUAAUCCGGCAGUAGAAGUUCAGAACUUGUGUUCCAAUACCAGUGUCAACACUAAUCCUGACGUAGUCUGGCGUGCCUACGAAGAUGCUGGUUAUCGAACUGUGCUUAUAAAAAGCAAUCCUGAUGGCGGCAUUUUUCAUGAUCUUCUCAAAGAUUGUGUAAAAUCUUCUGUUAGAUAUAACUUACGGCUAUUGGUUUUUGUUAUGUGUAGCAAAACGAGUGCACGUAGGUCCAAACAAAAUUCUUUGUGUGCCGAAAACCAGCUUUAUACGAAUAAUCACCUGAAUUGUAUCCUUCACUUUCUUUACGCAUUUCCCCAACAACCAGUAUUUGUUUUAAUGUUGUUGGAUCAAAAUCUUUUAAAUUUCUAUGAGUCGUUGAACCAAAACGGUAUGCUGAAUAGAUCUUUACUGGUGUCAUUUUCAGAUCAAGGAAUGAGGGCAUGCAGAACUCCGUACACUUUUCUGACAUUUCCAGAAUGGUUUCUGAAGAAAUACCCCGACGUGGCUGAGAACUUGAAAUUAAACACUAGACGUCUAACUUCACAUUUUGACACACAUGCAACUCUUUUAGAUCUGCUUCACAUCAGCAGCGACAAACCACCGCUACUUGUGCCUCUCAAACACGGAAUCAGUCUUUUCAAGAAGAUCCCAUGGAAUAGGACGUGCAGUGAUGCAGAUAUCCCGUCAGAUUCCUGCUUAUCUACAUUGCUGGUGGAACUUGUAAUUGAAGCAAUCAAUUCAAAGACAGAUAAAAAUAAAUGCGCCAUUUUCAAACUUCGACAGGUUAUUCGCAUCCAAAAAUUUGCCAUUGAUGAGAAUCACUCUAAGGGAUCUCGCAGCACAAUUGUUUAUAACGUCAAACUUAAAGUUCAACCAGGCGACGCACUGUUUGAAGCCAGCGUUUAUGAAAUUAAUCAGUUUAAUGAAUGGAAAGUUGGUGGUCAAAUAGACAGGUUAAACUUUUAUAGACGCCAGUCAAGAUGUCUAGAUACUCAGACAAACCGACCGUUCUGCUAUUGUAAAAAUGUGGGAUCUGAAGAUGUGAGUUAG